UUAUAUAUAUAAAAAAAAAAAAAAAAAAAAAAGAAAACAAACUCCUGUUUUAAUUUAUCAAACCCCUCCCUGUACUUGUGUUUUAAGAAUUUAGAUCAUGGUUGCUCUCACUUCAGUCACCCCACACUCAUCUAAUAAGCUCUAUCCUACUCCAUUUACUUGUUAUUCAAACUCUGUAAAUGAAAACACAUCUUCUUCUUCUUCUUCCAAUUUCAUUGCCAUCAACCCAAUCAAAAGGAGACACUCUCUCUCCAGGUUAAGAAUCCGAAGCAGUGCAGCAACCAAACCACCAAAAUCACCUGCCGAACAAGACUGGAAGACAAAGAGGGAGCUCCUCCUAGAAAAAAGGGUUCGAAGUGUGGAUGUUAAGGAAGCCCUACGCCUUCAGCAAGAAAACAGCUUUGUGAUUCUUGAUGUCAGACCAGUAGCCGAGUUUAAAGAGGGUCAUCCACCAGGUGCUAUCAAUGUGCAAAUAUAUAGGCUUAUAAAAGAGUGGACAGCAUGGGACAUUGCAAGACGAGCUGCAUUUGCAUUUUUUGGUAUCUUUGCUGGAACUGAAGAAAAUCCUGAAUUUUUGCAAGAUGUUGCAUCCAAAUUAGAUAAAAACUCAAAGAUUAUUGUAGCUUGCUCUUCUGGAGGUACAAUGAAACCUACACAAAAUCUUCCCGAAGGCCAACAAUCAAGGUCCCUUAUAGCUGCCUACUUGCUAGUUCUGAAUGGUUAUAAUAAUGUCUUCCAUUUGGAGGGAGGAUUGUAUCAAUGGUUCAAAGAAGAUCUACCUAUAGAGUCAGAAGAAGAAGAAGAAGAAUGAAGUUUUGAGCUACCGAG